UUAUUGAAACACGUAUAAUUUAGUGUCCAUCAAAAUAAAUGUGCAACAAUAUGAGAUUAACUGUUCUGAGUUCUUACAAACUUUUAUUUUUAUGUGCGGUCAUAUUUCAACAAGCAAAUGCAGGACUACCAACUCGAAAGAAAAGCGGUUAUCAGUUCUCUCAACAAGAAUAUUUAUUAAGUAGCGAUUUUUGGGAAAAUGAUGACUGGAUAAUAAAAGAAUCAAGCAGCUUAUUAACAAGACCCCAUUUUGAAGCGCAUUUUGAAGAAUUCGUUAUAAAGAAACGGAAGGAAAUAUUUGUGAACUUCGAGAAGUCUUACAGUUUUUCGGUAAAGGGAACAACCGAUAUUGUGUUUUUUGUAUCCGCAGAAUCAAGCCAAUUUUACUAUCCAUAUCAAAUAAACGAUGAAAAGAUUUGGACUACUUUUACUGUUAGUGUAAAGGAUGGAAUGUUGUUCAUUUAUGAAAAUUAUACAACACUAAUACAACAGGUCACUUAUGUUCCAAAGACGUUAAUCAUAGAAACUCCGAUACCAGCAAACUUUAAAAUAUACGAUUAUGAGUAUAAAGAAGCCACCAGCGACACCAAAGGACAGCUAUAUAUAAACAAAUUGCGAAUUCCAGAUUCCGGAGAGGUUUAUUUAAUUCUCUCUGUCUCUAUGUGUGACACUUGCGACCUGAUUGCAACAUAUAAAAAUACCAAUUGUUUUAUGCAUUCAUCUAAUGACCACAAUACUGAACGUUGGGCAAGUUACAAAAUCAAAAUAAAUCCUAAUAUUUACAAAGAAGUAAUUCUGGCUCGACGUAACCAUUACUCAAAUAACGCGGGAUACUGGAAAUUACACUUACGACUAACAAAUCGUGCAAUUGAAUCAGUUCCAGAAGUAAGAAAAUGUGAUGGUUUUACAAGGCGGCCAAUAUCUACAUUGUCUCCAUCCAUUCGAGUUUUAGACAAUGUAGUUCCAGAAGUAAGAAAUUAUGAUUAUUUUACAAGGCAUCGAAUAUCUUCUACAUUGCCUCCAUCCUUUCGCGGCACAAUAACGUUUUCAAACAUAUCGCCCCCGACGUCAAAUGAUUCAACGAAAGCUUAUUUUGUGUUCUCUAAAAAUGGCCUUAUAAAAUCAACAAACGAAGUCAUUGCUUACGCCUUAAUUUUAUUGGAAGAUCACUUGGACAUACAAAGUAAAAAUGGAUCGUGGGGAUCUUGGGACGGAACUAAUAAAACUUGGCCUUCUAUACCGAAAGAUUCUUUACAGCUUACACCCAAUUUGUGGAAUCCGUUCACAAAUGAAGUACAGACCUGCAAUUUCAUAAUUGGAGCUGCCAACAAUUGUUGUAAAGAACAUUGUUAUAAUGAACCUUUAAAACCUAAUACUAAAUAUUGGUUAAUGGUUAGAGCUCUGACGAAUCAAGCAUAUAAUGAUAGCGCUCCACUGUCUUUUCACACAGAUAACAUUUUAACUGAAACAACGCCAGUAUCUACAACAGUUUUGCCAGAAACAAGCCAGUCUAAUAAUUUUACUUCGCCAACAGUUCAAACAUCUGCAUCGUAUCCAUCGCUUGGCAACACAAUAACGUUUCAAAAAAUAUCGCCCCCGACAUCAAAUGAUUCAACGAAAGCUUAUUUUGUGUUAUCUAAAAAUGACCUUGUAAACUCAACAGACGAAAUCAUUGCUUACGCUUUAUUUUUAUUGGAAGAGCACGUUGACAUACAAAGUAAAAAUGGAUCUUGGAAUGGAACUCUUAAAAAUUGGCCUUCCACACCGAAAAAUUCUUUACAGCUUACACCCAAUUUUUGGAAUCCGUUUUUAGAGGACCGACACAUCUGCAAUUUUAUAAUUGGGGCUAGCAGUGGUUGUUGUAGAGUACAUUGUUAUAAUGAACCUUUAAAACCUAGUACUAGUUAUUGGUUAAUGGUGAGAACCCUGACGAAUCAAGCUUAUAAUGACAGCCCCCUGUUAUUUUUUCAAACAGCUUCCGAGGAUAGCUACCACUACAAUACUUAUUACAUUUCAGUAGGAGUAUUAAUUCUUGUCAUUUUGGUAACGGUUGUCCUGGUAUACAUAAUAUACAAAAUAAGAAGACGAAACAAUCAAGCAACUAUUACCCAAGAAGAAGACAUGAUGUUAAUCGUAAAUCAGAAACCUCUUGAAACCACAGUCAUCGACUUCAACAGUCUUCAAAAUCAUUGUUCGCAACCUACAUUCCUUACAAGUUUAAAAAUACAGUUCAAUUCCAUUUCAGAUCCUGUGCCCCAUAGUUCUUGUAGAAUUGGUUUGCAGCGUAAGAAUAUUAACAAGAACAGAGAUCGAAACCGAAUUAUACCUUACGAUACCAACAGAGUCGUCCUUAAGCCAAUGGAAGGUGUAGGAACAGAGGACUAUAUAAAUGCUAGCUACAUUGAUGGCUACGAUCGCUCAAAAGCUUACAUCGCCUGCCAGUCACCCAAAUUUUGCACAAUUAAAGACUUUUGGAGAAUGAUAUGGCAAGAAAAUGUUAGUGUUAUAAUAAUGGCGACAAAUUUUUUUGAACAUAAAAAGCGAAUGUGUGCAGAGUAUUGGCCCCAAAGCGAAUCAGAGGUGUAUGAAUAUGGUGAAAUUACAAUAAAAUUGCUUCGCGAAACCACUUUUGAACUAUAUGCUUACCAAGAGCUUGAAAUAGCUUACGGUGACGAGAGCAAAAAUAUACGCCAUAUUCACUUCAUGUGGAGUUUUGACGAUUCCAAUAUGUUUUAUCCGAAUGACGUUUUACCAGUUGUCAAACUUAUAAGACAACAGUAUGAAAAUUCAAGUGGACCGAUUGUCUUUCACUCAGGUUAUGGUACAGGUGGAGUGGGAAUUUUAAUUUUAUGCGACUUAGCACUACAGAUGAUCCGCAAAGACAAUAAAGUUGACUUUUUCAGCUUAACAAGAACACUUAGAGAUCAACGUGCGUCUAUGAUCACCAACAUGGAGCACUAUAUUUUUUCACACUUACUUAUGAACGAAUACUCUUUGGAAUAUUCAAAUCCCUUUCAAUAUUCCAUUGGACAAAAUAUAAAACAUGACGAUAUAAAACAACAGUUUAAUUAUUUAGAAACUCUCCGCCAGUACGAUAAUAUUUUUCAAGAAGUUAGUCUUCAGUACUGCAUUCCUCGACAUCCUUUUGAAAGUGUGAUAGUUGCACGAUAUGGGCAGAGGAGAAAAUAUUUAAUUUCUCGGGAACCAAAAGAAGAACAGCUUAUAGAUUUCUGGAAAAUGGUGGCAAGGAAAUCGAUCGGUUGGGUUUUGUUCCUAAACAAGGAAUUACCAUUGUCGACUCGAGUAACUGGAUCUAUAGAAGUGGUAAAUAUUACUCGGAAACAAGUUGUAAACACAGCCUACGGCCUGAUGACGGAGGCAUCUUUACUGAUAUACAAUAAAAUCUCGAAAAAGAAGAUCCACGACCACAAAUUAUAUAUCUUUCAAUUUAACAACUGGAAAGAAAAUCAGCUGCUCCCGAAUUCAGUAUGUAACUUUAUUUCUGUGAUAAACUAUAUUCAUAGCAAAACAGCCAAGGAAAAAUUAGUUUUAGUCUCUUGCAGCGAUGGAUUUACAGCUUGUGGCUUAUUUGUUGUUUUCUCAUACAUCGUAGAGAAGUAUGAAAAUGAAGUAGAAAUUGAUGUGUGUAAUGCUAUACGACUUGCAAGAAGAAGUGGAAGAUCGUUCGUUAGCAGAACGAAACAACUGACAUUUAUAUACAAAUGCAUCAGGGAUUAUAUCGAAAACUAUGAUAAAUACCAACAAAUUAUAAAUAGUAAAUGAUGUAAAAAAUAAAAAUAAAAAUAUUAAACAGUG